ACAACUUCAAAUUGGCAAUUUCAGCUAUUACGCAAGAUUUGUCUACUGCUACAGUGCUAUUCCCAAAACAAAACAGUUUAUUUUGUAGACAAAGGCACAUUCAAGAUAUUCAACGAUGGUUUAUGCAUUGGUGCAAGGAGCAAGCAGAGGGAUAGGAUUGCAGUUUUGUCGAAAUUUGCUGAAUAAACGGCCUGCGACACUUGUGAUUGCAACUUGUCGACAGCCGGACGGUGCAGCGGAGUUGCAAGCACUUCAGAAAGAGCAUCCGAACAGUCUCCAGAUCAUGCAGUUAGAUGUGUCAAACGAGGAGCAGAUUGCAUCAACAGCCCAGCAAGUUAAACAGCGUCUCCAUGGCAACGAGAGUUCUAGCAAAGGACUGGACCUACUUAUCAAUUGUGCAGGGAUGUUACAUCCAUCAGGGAGAGGAGAGACCAGUCUUAGAGCUGUAUCACAUGAGGGUCUGAUGACAACAUUUGCCACCAAUGCAUUGGGUCCUCUGCUGAUGGCCAAGUACUUUGGGGAGCAUCUGACCAAGGGGAGCGGAGAGUUUGGACAGUCGCCAUCGGAAGGUCACUCUGGCACACUGGUCAACAUGUCUGCCAGAGUUGGUUCAAUAUCAGAUAAUGGGUAUGGUGGAUGGUACAGCUACCGCAUGUCAAAGAGCGCCCUCAACAUGGCAACCAAGAACCUGAGCAUCGAGUUCUCCCGGGGGAGACGGAAGGUGGUAUGCAUCAGCCUUCACCCGGGGACGGUGAACACCGACCUCUCACGACCUUACCACAAGAAUGUCGCAGAGGACAAGCUCUUCACACCCGAGUAUUCGGUCGAGAGGAUGAUGGAGGUGAUAGAGAAUCUGAACGUUGAAGAUUCAGGGAAGUUCUUGGACUUUGCGGGCAAGGAGAUCCCCUUCUGACGGAUGACGAAGCAGUGUUUCUUUAAAAAGAAAAAUUUACUCUAUAUAUGCCCAGGAUCGAAACCUGAGACUGCCACAUUGUAUUUACACUAGACAUGGGACAGAAGCUGCCUCUUGCAAUCCAGCGUGUGUUUCGUUUGUAGACCAAAGCAGAAAAAGAGUUCAAGGUAUCCUUGUGUAAUUUUCUGUGGGCAUAGCCUGUUCUGAUUAAUUGAAGUUUUUUCAAAAGUCAGAUAAAGAAACGUACAAUACAUAAUCAUCGAUAGCAAAAGGAGCAUACAGAUUACAUGAAGUAACGUUGUAUGAAGAAACUACUGUUGAAGAGGACAAUUGGCAUUAUAGCUGGGCAAUCAUCGGUGCAUGCUCAAGAUGAGUUCCGUCCAGUUAUAUUAUUUUUGUAUAAUACAAUGUUGAGACUAGCAUGGGACCCUGAUUCUUUUAUCGUUUUUUGUUUAUUUGGAACGUUUCUGAAUUGUGUUUCGCCAUACAUCCUUCAGACUACAAAAAAAUUAACUACCUGUUGUCUGAACACAUGGUUAGUUGAACUGGAUGGGAUAGAAUUUCCAUUGAAUGGGUGUAUAAUCUCACAUGCAUGCAAAGCAUCAAUUUAGAGCAUAACCUCACUUAAAGGAAGAAAAUCUGGACUUGGCCCUCUACAGAGUAUGGAAAUGAAGGCUUGUGUGAGCCAGUCCCUUGCACAUUUUUGGAGACAAGAUGUGAUGUUAUGACAUCCAGCCAUGCAAUUGAUGACAGAUUAUGUAUAUUUCAUUUAUACGGUGAAGGAAAGGGUGGUUUAUCAUAUGGUAUACAUGUAGAGGUGUUGUGGUCAAGUCUCUGGACAGUGAAGCACAAGGUAUGGGGUUUGAAUUCCUGGCGCAGCACUAAUGUCUUUUUGCAAGAAAUUAAUCUACAUUUGCCACACUCGACCCAGGUGAGGUAGAUAGGUACCUGGCAGGAAUAAGUUCCUUAAAAAUGCUCAAGCUCUGUAAUGGGAACUGUACUAAAGCCAGGGUAAUAAUGAUUAAUGCUUUAGGAGACUUCACUGUCGUCUAUUAUUAUUAAUAUACAUGUACAUUCAGGUAAUGAACAUAGUCAAAAGUAAUAUGUCUACCACUAGAGGAGGAACACUCACAGCCAGUGUUGCCUCCCUCCCCUCUGUAGUUCUUGCCCGCAU